AUGCACAAAAUAUCGAGAACGUCGCUGGCGUCUCUCGUCUGCCCAUCUGCGCCGUUCCUUGCGCCUCGUCUCCUGCGUACCGCAAUCCCUGCCGCCGCCGUCGCAACAACCUCACCAUGCCCGCACUUUGCCCGCCUCCAGAGGGCGAUGUAUGCGACGGCGAAGCAAGCCACAGGCACCCCACGAAAAAUUACGACAGAAAAAGGAAAGCGAAUGCCUAGGAACCCACCAUCCACCGAAGCUGAAGCAAAGACUGCCCGCCUAGUCAACCAAUUCCGGAAUGCCUGUGAAGCCCGCAACGUCGAGUUGAUCAUGGAACUCUAUCCGGCACUCAUUGCAGCAAAUCUCCUCGACAGCUAUGACACCCGCCGUAUUACACAAGCCCUGCACGUGCGCAUACGGAACGAAUAUGUUCCCAGUAAGCGAUCAGAUCUCUUUCCCUUCGUUCAGCAAGUAGUUGGCGACAUUCGAAGAGGCAUUCUUCAGCCGCAUCAUUAUGCCUUCGUCCACCUUUUCGGCAUAUAUAAGGACUGUGCGCGCUGGGAUGAGGGGUACACGCUCUGGCAAUGGCUAGUCCAGCAAGACGAGCGCUAUGUGUCGCAGGCCGCUUACGGUGCUGCUAUUGAGCUCAUGGCAUAUGGCGGUAUCAUGAGACUGCCAGACUUGGAGGAACUGUACGCCGAUGGACUGAAGCGCUUCCCUGGUACAUUCGCAGAGUACCAUCUGUCACCAGACGCAGUCGUUCCCGACAGGACUCAACUCACUACCAUUGCCGGCAUUCCCACUAUUCUGCUGCAAGGCAUCCUCACUGCACGAAUACUGGCUCGCGACUGGAAAAGGGCGUACCUGGCCUUGGACACUGCACUGCGCAUUUUCCCCACCCAGACCCCUCCGCGCUAUUUUGAGCUAUUCAUGACUGAGAGGCCGGUCAACGAGGCAUAUACAGCAUUUAUGCUAGCUUGCCGUGCUGGCAUAUGCCUGAGACCAACCCACGUUACUGCUCUCCUCACAAAACUGCGCGCUGCUAUGGGUGCGUCUCGUUCCAUGGCUGAUAGCGUGAUGCUCCUCCGGGCCAUUGCAAACGCUAUAUAUGGCUAUUUGGAGGCUGGUGGACAGCUUCAAAGUAUCCAUGUUGGCUCAUUUCUCCGCUCUUUUGAGCUAAUACUGCCUGAACCUGCUGCUGGUGAGGAUUAUAUUGGAGAAGCAGCAGAAAUGCGCAACAUCUUAGUGGUAACUGCGCACGAGAUUGUAUCAAACCUUAUUCAGGCUGGUAUGCCUCCUCAAAUUCAGCCGUUUGAAGCUCUCGUCUCGAUAUCUGGCAAGCUACGCGUACCAAACUUACUCGGCACUACCCUGGAAGAUAUCCAAGCAGCCGGUCUUGAACUUGGGGCAAUCGGAACUCGCAGCGUCGUCACAUCUGCUGGCCUUCUUAAGAACAAAAAUUUGAUCGAAGAAUAUUGGCAGAAAAUCGUCUCAACUGCGGAAAAGAAUAGUACGAUAAUACCUUUUGAAGACUGGAUUACUUUCACAAAGGCUUGCCGAAGGGCCGACCAUGCAGACUACUUCCGUGGCCAGUUGUUGAAGCUUCCACACGCUAUUACAGAGAGAAUUGAACGUGUCAUUAUUCAGCAAAUCGACCUACCAGAACCCCCAUCUUCCAGCCUAGACUCAAGCCAAUCCAUGACUCUUGAGCAGCUGCAAUCCGAACUUUCACUCCUCAAGACCCAAAUGAACAACAUCGAAACAGCCGUAAUGUCCGGCCAACCACUCGAUCUUCGCACAACCCCUUUCUAUAUGCACAUUGACCCCGGGUACCCCUCUCUCGGCACCGAAGAAGACUUACGGCAAAUUUACGACAACUUUACAACCGACCCCCACCAGCCUCCGCCCCCGCCGCCCGCAGACGGCUCCCCCAUCCGUGCAGCCCUAAGCCCAACCGGCAUACCGCUAGACGAUCUCCGCUUCCGCAACUGGGUCACGAUCCACGAAAUGAUGGACUCUGCAGAGUCCUACGAAUCCGACCUCCAAUUCGCCCUCGACGCCGCCAUCAAAGCCGGCGAGCCCCUCAAGGGCGCCCCCGAAAUCCUCCGUCUGCGCAAAGAAAACCCCAAACUCCUUUCUGGCCAGGAUUUAGCAACUAGGAUUAGAGAGUUGCGAACCAGUAAUUCGGAUGCUGCUAGGUUCUUUAGGAAAGUGGGGACAGAAGGUGCGCAAGUUGAGGCGGAGAUGAGGUUGCGCAAGCAUGUAGCAAAGGAUGAGGGCGAGAGCGUUGUUUCUCUUGGAAAGGGAACGCCGAGAUUGGUGUAUUAUGUUGGGUUGGAAUCGGAUCAGGGAGCGCCUAGUGCUUCUAAAGGGCGGACUAAGGUUCGGAAGGUGAAGAUUUCGGAUGGGAAGGGUGGAGAGGGUAUUGAGGAGUAG